ACCAAGUACCAAUUUCGCUUAUCGCAAACAUAAAUCGACGAAUUUUAUUGAUUAUCCUGUCGAAAUGCUGACAACUAAUUGAGGGAGGAUUCUAAAAAGAGUAGUAUGUUAAAUUUUUGAUGUUAUAGCCGCAAUGUCCGCCGCCGGAACCCCCUCGACUGACCCUUGGGUUAUCCUAGCUAGAGAACGAGCGAGAUACGAAGAGCAAUUUAAAUCCCUAAAGCCCAAUAAUGGGAUAAUAACUGGAGACCAGGCGAAGUCGUUUCUGUUACAAUCACAAUUACCUCCGCUAGUUUUAGGACAAAUAUGGGCUCUGGCAGACACGGACUCCGAUGGAAAGAUGAACAUAGACGAAUUCUCGAUCGCUUGCAAACUAAUUAACCUCAAGUUGCGGGGCUUCGAUGUACCGAAAGGACUCCCACCGUCGCUACUAGCUUCUCUCAAAGUUCACACGCCUCCGGCCAUUCCGCCGCUUCCGAAUGCGACUCUCAUAUCGGCCCCGUCGCGGCCCGAGCCUCCCAAAGUCGCCCCGAUGGCGGCUCCGCCGGUCGUCCCUCCGCUCGUGCCCGGCCUGGUGGGCCAGCCCUCCGGCAUCGGCGCCCCCAUUGGCGUCCAAACUGGAGUCGUACCUCCUACCGUAUCGGGCCUGGGAACCGUAGGAGGUAUUCCUACAGGAAUAGUACCGCCGAUGCAAUCGGCGCCUCUAGUGCAGAAUCUAAUCGAUCCGGUGGCGCCUCUAUCGUCUAACAUUCCUCUACCGUCUCAAGGCGUCCAGCCGAUGAUCUCCUCUACACCUCUGGCGACCGGCAUGCUGCCCAACGUGCCGGUAGUACCGGCGAUUCCUCCGGCGCCGACGGCUUUAGCGCAAGUCGUCGGUACGUUGCCGCAGAUCCCGGGAUGCGUUCCGAUAAACACCGUAGCGCCGAUGACCGCGCCCGGUAUGUCUCCGGUCGGUGUACAGGGUGUUCCGAGGACGAGCGCGUCGUCGACGCCGCGCGCCAGCGUGACCAGUUUGGAGAGAACCCAUUCGAUCGAAUCCACUUCAAGCCAACCGGAAUGGGCCGUACCGCAUCAGACGAAGUUGAAGUACACGCAAAUUUUCAAUACCACCGAUCGCACCAGAAGCGGUUUUUUGUCGGGAGCGCAAGCUAGGAACGUGAUGGUUCAAACGAAGCUACCGCAAAACAUUUUAGCACAAAUAUGGGCUCUGUCUGAUAUGGAUAUGGACGGUCGUUUGGGCUGCGAAGAGUUCGUAUUAGCGAUGCAUUUGUGCGAGCAGGCCUCGGUGGGAAUUUCACCGCCGGCUAAACUUCCACCAGAGCUCAUACCCCCUUCGUUCCGAAGAGCCCGAACCGCUUCGGUAUCCAGCCAGGGUAGCGCUCCGGCCGAUCCCGACCCGGCCUCAACAUUACUCCAAAAUUCCUUCGAAGAUAAGCGCAAAGAGAACUUCGAGAAGGGUCAAGCGGAGCUCGAACGGAGAAGGAAAACGCUGCUGGACCAACAGCGGCAGGAGCGCGAAGAGCGCGAGAGGAAAGAACGCGAAGAGCUGGAGAAGAAAGAGAAGGCCAGACAGGAGGCGGAGCGGAAGAGGCUCGAAGAGCUGGAGAAGCAAAUGAGAGAGCAACAGGAAAAAGAGCGGUUGAUCGAAGAGGAGAAGAAACGACAGGCCGAGCAAAGGGAGGCGGCUAGAAGGGAAAUGGAGCGACAAAGGCAGUUGGAAUGGGAGAAACAGCGUUUGCAGGAGCUGCAGAAUCAACGUCAAAGAGAGCAGGAAACGGUGCUGAAAUUGAAAGCUAAAAACCAAAGUCUAUCCAUCGAAUUGAACACGCUGAACGAUCAAAUAAAGGAUCUGUCGCAGAAGAUAUGCGACACGAGGAUGGGCGUAUCGAACGUCAAGACCACGAUAGACAGCAUGAGGUCUACGAGGGACUCGCAAAUGACGGAAAUGUCGCAACUCAAAAACCAACUCAAAGAACAAAACGCCAAGUUGCUGGCUCUGUCGCAGGAGAAAAUCAAAUUGGACGCCAAGAGCAAAGCGAACGCCCAAGACAGCGAACAAGCCCGCAUGGCCUUCGAAAAUAAAGAAGUCACCAUUAAAAAUCUAAAAACGAAAGUGGACGACAUGCAAUCGGAAAUCGACAGCAAAAUGGCCGACAUCGAAAACAACAACACCCAGCUGAAGGAUCUGAAAACCGAAUUGAGGAAUCUGGUGAACGAAUGCGAGCAAUUGUACAGCGUCUACGACGUCAAACGCAACACGAUCGUCGAGAUGAAGAACGCCAACAAGACGAACGAAUUCGACGCGUGGAAGAGCUCGGACGCUUGGGGUCCGACGGCCAACGACGCUUCGAACGAGUGGCCUCCGGCCGACGAUUGGGCCGAGCCCGCGGCCACCCCGACUGCCACCGAUAUAUCAUCGUUGCCGAUCGUCAAGUACAGGGCCUUGUACGAGUUCGUCGCCAGGAACAACGACGAAAUAUCGUUCCAACCCGGCGAUAUCAUUAACGUUCCGAAGGAACAGACCGGCGAACCCGGUUGGUUGGCUGGUGAAAUUCGCGGUCACACCGGAUGGUUCCCCGAAGCUUACGUAGAGCCAGUAGACGGAGUGGGUAUAAGAGAUACCGGGGAAUUACCUCAACCUGCCGCUGGUAUAGAAGAAACUGAAGCUACACGUUUAGAGGGUAUAGCCGAAGUUCCGGAAGUACCAGAAACGACCAGCUCGUUUGAACCUAGUACAAUGGGCAUCGUCCAACCCGAACCAACUGCUGCGAUUGAAGAAGCCGAUUCGGAAUACUACAUAGCCAACUAUCCCUAUCAAUCGCAAGAACCCGGAGAUUUGACUUUCAACGCCGGCGAGAUAAUCGUAGUGAUAAAGAAAGAAGGCGACUGGUGGACCGGCAAGUUUAACGGCAACGUCGGCAUAUUCCCCAGCAACUACGUGCAAAAAGUCGACAUGUCUUUGAACGCUAACGUUGCCUCCGAAUCUCCCGCCGCGCCGACCGCAGCGCCACCUGAUGUAGCUUCUAAACUGUCAACGGGCGUGUCGGCGGAGGCCGUGCAAACGGCCCUGGCGCAAGCCCAGGCCGCCGACAACGAAGUCUCGCAGAUUAGCUUCAUGAAAGCGAAGGAGGAGGCCAACGCGCAAGCCGCCGCCGGGCAGGUGGUGAAAACGAAGAAACCCGAAAUAGCGUCGGUGAUAGCUCCGUACCAAUCGACGAGUCCCGAACAGCUGUCGUUGGCCAGGGGCCAGUUGAUUAUGAUUCGCAAGAAGACCGACAGCGGCUGGUGGGAGGGCGAGUUGCAGGCGAAAGGUCGCAAGCGACAGGUCGGUUGGUUCCCCGCCAGCUACGUCAAAGUGUUGAACAGCUCCGGUAAAAUCAGCGGCAGGAGUACGCCGGUGUCCACUACUCGAAUGCAACAGGAGGUUAUCAUCGAUAAGGUGAUCGCGCUCUAUCCGUAUACGGCGGGUAAUCCUGACGAAUUGACGUUCGCUAAGGACGAUAUUAUCAGCGUGACGGCGCGCGAGGAAGAGUCCUGGUGGAGAGGCGAACUUAACGGCGUGUCGGGAUUGUUUCCCAGCAAUUACGUGACUCCGCUUGUACAAUCUGAAAUAUCCCCGCCGCAAAACAAGAAACGCCAGGAGAGCAUCAACGAGUUCAUACAAACAGAAAAAAGCUACGUCAGGGACAUGUCUAUUGUGCACGAAGUGUUUGAGCAACCCUUGAGAUUGAGCAAAUUGGUACCGUCCAAGGACAUCGACGAUAUCUUCGUCAAUUGGCAGGACAUCAUCGAGUGCAAUAAUCGAUUCCUGAAGGAUUUAAUCAACGCCAAUAAAUCGGAAAGCGACAUGAUCGGCGAUAUCAUAUCGAAACACCUGCCGGAGAUGAAAGAGUACAUAACCUUCUGCGGCAAGCAACUAGACAGCGCCACCUUGUUGCAAAAACUAACCGAAAACUCGACGGCUUUCAGAGAACUAGUUAAAAAGUGCCAAAACAACGUGGCCACCAAAGGCAUGCCUUUAUCUUCAUUUCUCAUAAAACCCAUGCAACGGAUCACCAGAUACCCUUUGCUGAUCAACAAAAUAUUAGAAAACACGCCGGAAAACCAUCCAGAUUACAAGAACCUGCAGGAGUCUCUGGUGCUGGCCGAGCGAUUCCUGAACCUAAUCAACGAGAACGUGCGCUUGAAGGAGAACGACGACCAUCUGAAAUGGCUGCAGCAGAGCGUCCAAAACGACUGGAACAUCGUGUUCGGCAGCGACACGAACCGGCUGGGACCGAGACAAUUGCUGCAUUACGGCGUGCUGGUCAAAUUGAAGAACAACAGAGAGCUGUUGGGCUUCCUGUUCAACGAUUUCUUCAUGCUGGUGCAGGCCAGCAAGGCGCUGGGCGGCCAAUUCCAGUUCCAAGUCAACGGAAACGUCGCCUAUAAGCUGUACAAGCAGCCGAUUUUGAUUCAGAAUUUGGUGGUGGUCAGAGUAAGUACGGACAACGUCGAGAACGGUACGGAUUCCAACAGGGCGUUUAUCGUUCAAGACGAUAAGACCACGUAUAAAAUAGCGGUGCUGGUUAGCUCGGUGAACGAGUGUAGUUUAUGGAUGAAGCGCAUCGAGGCAGCUAAAGAGAUGUGUUCGAAAACGUUUGCCGUCAAGCAGCAAAAUAAAAGGAAAACGCUGCCCUCGUUGCGUAACGUGCUGUUCGUUACGGUAGUAGAAGGUAACGAAUUUAUUGACACGACGCGCAAGGAAAACGGUAAUAGCCCCAAAAAAGGUAGAGCUCAUACGGAGAACAUUUACUGCAAGGUGUGCUUGGGUAAUCAAGAACAGGAAACCGAUGUUGCUAAAGAGUGUUUCAACAAUGGCAACCUGCAGAAUGGCAUUCCACAAAUACCGUCGUUAGUAUGGAAUUAUAGCAUGCAGUUUCAACUACGUAAUGUCAAUCAAGCGGUUUUGAAUUUUACUGUGCACAAGCAGAAUCUGUUCUGUCCCGACGAUUUUUUGGGUAAGGCGGAACUGAAAGUGAAGGAUAUCCUUGCGGAAUCGCAGAACCACAACGGUCCCAUCACUAAGAAGCUCAUAUUGCAUCAGGUGGAAUCCGGGGAGAUUCUCGUUAAGUUAGAUUUGCAUUUAUUCGAUAACUAUUAGGAUGUUUAUUGAUGAAAGAAUUCAUACGCCAAAUCCCGAUUGUUGUUGUAGAUUUUAACAUUUUUGUACAAAUUGAACACCCUUGAAUCGAAAAGGACUUGCUAUUCAUUCAGAGAAAUUAUUUGUAGAAAUGGAUAGUAUUCGGAUUGUCUUAUCAAAAAAUAUUUACUUGUUUCAUCGUCGACGUCCUUUUCGAUUUACUCUAAGCUAGGAUAAAACGAGAAUAAUACUCGUACAUAUUCGCAAUCUAUAAACAUGUUUUUAAAUCUUGUUACAAUAUUUUACAUUCAUUUUUUGCAUAAUUCUAUAUUAUACAUUAUAUUGCCAGUUAAUCUUUAUAUCAAUGAUCAGUAUUAUUAUGAAAUAAAGUUAUUGUUUUUGCAAA